AUGAUGAUUAAAACGGUUUUAUGUACUUGUAUUUGGUGCUUACAAGAAUCAAGUGAUAAAAAUACUUCUAUUUCUCAUAUUCCAAUAGCAUCAUCAUCUACUACCAUUAUGAAUCCAUUAUCUACAUCUUCGUUAUCAUUAUACGCUAAUGUUUCAAUAUCACGUCAAGCAAAUCAAAAUAAUGGAAAUCAGGAUUAUAAUAAUAAAAAUGUUAUAAGUGAAAAAACAGUAAUACGAAGUCAUAUGAUGUCUGAUAAAAAAGAUCAACUCAAAAUAUUAGAGGAUGAAGAAGAAGGUGGUGAAGAUAAUGAAGGCAGUCAAGACAGUCAUAUAAUAUACGAUAAACUAUUUAAUAAUGAUCAAUUUGAGGUAUUGGAAGAAGAUAAUGAUGAUGAUAAUGAAGAUAGUCAUAUAAUAUUUGAUGAAAUCUUUAAUGAAUAUCAAUUUGAGGUAUUAGAGAAUGAUGAUGAUGAUGAUGAGAAUAAUGAAGAAAUUAAUAAGGAAGAGAAGAAUCAUGAAUAUAAUGAUAAAAUUUCAGAAGAUUUAAUUAAAGGUUUACGUCUUCUCCAAAUUAAGGAUAGACAUAACGUCUCAUAUGCUUCAUUUAACAAAAUCCUUAAAGUUUUAGAAUAUCCUAAAUCAUCUAUUCACAAACUUAGAAAGUUUCUUGGAAAAAUUAUCCCAUUGGAAUCGAUUCUUAUAGAUUGUUGUAUGUGUAGCAUUUACUAG